GCUGAGCUAUAGCAGGAACUCCUCGAAUACUAUUUUGAAUUAAUAGCGUUCAAAAGUCCUCAAGACUAGCCCUUCUAGAUAUCUGCAGAUCUGGAUAUUUGAGCUCAGUGGCCAGGAAACGGAGAGGUUUUCCUUGAGGAAUUUAGGUGCAGAGAGCAAGGAAGGAGGAGGAAAAGGGGGACUAGAAGAGGGCAGCCUUGGCAGGGCCUUCCCAGAGCAGUGGCUGCCCCUCUAGCACUAGUGGGCUCGACAGGUGAACACAGACCACCCAGACGCAUCUACAGUCAAGGGCAAAAGAGCACCUUCUUCCAUUAGUGUGAUUACAGAUGACCUUGCUCACAGCUGAUGGAAAAUUCCUAGAGGAGAAAGGAUAAGGAGAAAAGGAAAGGGGGCUGCUGGGUGGUUAAGCGAUCUGAGUUGGCAGAAAAAGAAGCUGCAACCCAGUUCCUCCCAUUUUCCAGAAGGCCAAGGAAAUCCUCCCGCUGAAAGCUCAGUCUGCAGCCCUAGGCUUGCUCAUCCAGAGACACCACCUCUACACAGGCUCGGGACAGAAAAGACAGGCACCUUUCUCAUUCACUCUUGGGAGCAUUUGCUCACAUCUGUAAGGGAAACAAAUUGAGGUCCGCUAUUUUUCUCCCAACUACUUUUCCCUUGUUAGAUCAUGCUCUUCAGAUAGUUUGAAGAAAGAAGGCAGCGCGUGGCGCCUGAUGAAAGGUGUUAUUCUCAGAGCCAGGUUUUUUUUGAACUUAAGCCACUGCAGUGGCUUUUAUCUGCCCAUAAUUCUUUCUGAAGCCAAGUCCUCUGGCUAUUCAAGCCAUCUUCCUUCCUAGCAAGUUAAGAUUGGGGCGCUUAUAAUUCUAGCACUUGUCAGCCAGAAUCCAACCAGCACAAACCAAUCGCAUAAGGCUGCUCCCUUCAGCCCAAUAGCUGAGAUGAUUUUCCCAUGACGUCAUGAACCUUUGCGAGCCUUUGGAAGGAAAAAUCACCAGCAAGUACAUCCCUCUGUCUGGAGAGCCUUUCUGACCAGAAGGUUGUUGAGGUCAUCUGCAGGGGGUGAAAACACGUCCUUCGGGGAGAAGGUUUUAGACUAGCAGCGUUAGUUACAGAGGUUGCCCUUAUUGUUCCUUGCAAGGAAGAGAAUAAAAGUGUAAUCACACUAGGUCAUGUGUAAAUUUAUACUGUUGUUACUGGCACUUAACCCUUUUCCUUCCAGGAAUUGUUAAGUUCCUUUGCAGUCAUAGAUCAGUCCGUGGUCCAUUCUCACCCAGGGUGAGUGUUUGACGGUAAGGUCCCUCAGUAGCCCAACAGAAUAGAAGUCAUGUAACCGACUCUCUGGAAAUUACGUAAGAGAAAUAAAUGCCUUGGUAUUUGCACAGAAAGGAAAUUAGGAAAUUCACUUCGAGCCUGAACUCCCAGAUCCGCUCAAAAUCAGUCCUGUGAGAAAAAAUAUUCUUGAUCUGCGGGGGUCCUCAGUGGAGUUAGGGGUGAGGUCUUUCCUAGGAGAGACACCAGUUCCUAUGUGGCUUGAAAUGGGCUGCAGGUCAGGCUGCCUCUGGCUGGAGACACAGAAGCAGGCUCUGGACAUAAGAGAAGAAACAGGGCAUCUCUCAAUGCCUAGGGUUCUUUUUUUCUUGACUUUUCUUUUUUCUUUUUCUUGUUUUUUAAUGUCAUGGCCUAUAAGUCAAUUCACAGAAGAUGCUGUCUCUAACGGAGAGAUACUUAAAAAAUUUUUUUUUUUUUUUCUGAGUGCACUUGCAGGAUAUGGGCUGGUGUUUUAGAUUACCAAGUGUGCGUGGUGCUUUUCUAGCAUGUUGUUUUGAGAGGUUAAUGCUUUUUCAAGGGUGUCUGUGGAGCUGCAAUCGUGCAGAUGCUGAACUGCAUUUCCAGAGAGGAACCAAAUACUAAAUUAUGAUAGUCCUAUAAUUCUGGGCACUCUGCCUUGAUUAUUGGCUAUGUUUGGGUCCCAAACCCUCUCUUUUUUUUCUAGGAUUUGAAAUAAUGUACGGACCAUGGAGGAAAAAAAAAUGAACCAAGACAAGCAAAGCACGAGGAAAGAAGAUAGAACAUAGAGAGGGGUAAACUAAUUUCUGUGCUUAAUUCACUUACGGACGAGCACAGAUUCAUUUUGAGCCCGGGAUUAAAGAGCCUUGCAUAAAUUUCCAUUAUACUGCCUGGAUUUUGAAACUAUGGAUAGGGGCACUGGUGACUAAGUCUUUUGUGCUAAAUGAUGCUUUGACUAGGUAGAUGUCCAGAUCACUUCCGCAAGAAAAUGCAAAUAACAUUUUCAUUGUCUUCUAUUCUAAGGAAACUGCCUAUGCUAUGUACUUAUAUACUUAGCUAGUGCUUUGCGGAAAUAGGAAAGCGGUUGAGCCUCAGAGAUUUAUAGAUUAUUCUACUGUUGGAAAAUACUGAGAGAUUUGCCACUCUCUACUUUGAAUUUUUCAUAUUUCAGUGCAUAAGAAAUACGGGUGCAAUGGGUGAGUAGAUGAUUUUUUAAAAAUUGCACAUUAUAAGAUAUAAUUGAACUCUGAACACCGUGAAAUCAGAAUCAUGAAAGCAGGUUACUGAGACAUGGAGACUCCAUGCUGACUACAGGUCUCCUGUCAGAAGGAAGCAACUACAAGUCAAAAUUUAGCUGUUCUCAACCUCUCAUGAGGUUUUCAGAGGUGUCGUCUUUAUUUAGAUCAAUUGAUAGAAUUCUAUGUGUGUUUUCUGCUAAUUAAUUUAAAAGAAGCAUAUUUGUUCCUUUUCUUAAUCUUGUACUGGGGAGGCCCUACAUUUUUUAUAUAAAAAUUAUAGGCAUAGGCAUGAAGAGCAAUUACUUUGAAGUUUGACCCUUGCCCGAGUUGGAAAUAUAUCAUUAUUUUUCAAGGAUUUUUUUUGGAAGCACUAUUGAAUAUGUUAACAGAUAUAAGAGGUUUAAUCUCAAUAAACAGGAAAGCUCCUCCUAAUUGAUUUGUUUUCCCCAAAUUGACUUAACAGGUAGAGUGUGAGUCUUCACGUAUUUCAGUUUAUAUGCAGGGAAAUGACAAUCAGGUUACAAAAAAAGCAUUAUUUAUAAUGUCAGUUCCUGCCUGGCUAAAACGUGGUGGCUCGGUUAUGCAAACGUAUAAAAGAAUAGAUUUUGGUACAAAUACAGGUUAUGAAACGAGAUCUUCUUUGGUGAUAAGAAGAUCAGAAGGUGAAACACUGGGUGACAGAAUUUAAGUCUGUGUUAUAAAGCCAGAGUUUAUCUGUUGCUAACCAUAAACUCUAUUUUCUAAAAGGCUAUUAUCUAAAAUGAUAAUUCAUUUGAAUUUCUUUAACAUUUGAAAUGGACUGGAUGGAGCUCAAAGGUACACGCAGGGGAAAAAACAGCUGGAUUUGACCCUAAUUAGUACGUUAAAAUACCUUAAUAAGCACCUAUAAAAUGCGUAGUGAUCUAAUAUGGAUUUUCUUUAAAUAAUCAUAUAAUGCUAUUAAUGUUAUUUGUUCUGUUAUUGUUUGCCAUCAAUAUUAUUGGCCAUAGUAGUAUACAAGCAUUUUACUUUUGCAUAGUUGUAAUACAGGUUUUAUUUAUUUGCAACUUAUACACAAGGACUUUGAAUAUCAAAAUAUAAAUUUUUCAGAAACUUGUAAUUAAAUUGUAACUUGAGGUUAUAUGCCCACAGUACAGAAACUCAUCAGUGAAGGAGGAUUUGAUCAAAUCCUCAGAGAGUCAUCAAAUUUAUUUUUAAAAUGGGAGAAAUUCUGCCACAGAGAAGCAUGAAAACUGAGCCAUUGAGAAUUUAGGUUCCAUGUAAAGAGAAAAAGGCCAAACUUUACAUACUAUAGUCAGGGUAGGAAUAACUUUUGGGGGCAUUACUAAGUGUCUAUGAAAAAUAUAUGUCCUAUUCUAGGAUUUCCAGAUUUGACUGAGCAGCUAUGAAAAGUUGUAUUCUGCAGCAAGGGGAGGAAGAAACACUGGCUUUGAAGUCAGCAGGCUUAGAAGCCAUAUCUGCAGCUUCCUUCCACUCACAUGAGGAUCUCUCUUGGAACAUAAUUUCUGUAUCUCUCUUUCUUGGUAAAUUAAACCAAGGACUUGGGAAGCUAAAAAAAAAAAAAAAAAAAAAAAGAACCAAAAAAAAAAAAAAAAUCACAUGAUAGGGCUGUAGCCAAAAGCAAUGAAGGAAGAAAUGACAGUCAGAUUAAUGUUCUGACAGUUCUGCUUACAUCUCUUAUCUUUCAACUCACUCAUCUGUAACUCCCUCCUUGUCUAAAGACUAAAGCGUCAACUCAUGCUUGUCUUCAGGGUCAAAAAUCUGGCCCCAAUUUCAUGUUCAAUUCUAACAUCCCUUUAUUCGUGAAUGUAUUCAAGUCCUGACUAUCACCUGGAAAAUACAUUUUACUUUCUUAUCUAAUACCAACUUCUACUUCCAGAUACAGCUAUAGUGUAUUCCUGAAUGCCUCUUUGUUUACAAUUUUAGCACUUAAUCAGGCACUGCAAUAGACUAUUAUGUUAUUUAAAGACAUAUUAUGUUAAGGUCUUAACAAAGUGUCUUAUCCCUCCAACUAAGUUAUUUUAUUUACUGCUCUGGUCAUUUUCAUCAUCCCUGGUAGCAGUAACACGGGUGGGAGGGGAAAGUGUCUAAAAAAUGAUCUCUGCGGGUUGGGCAUUUCACAUGUAUUAUUUCUAAUUCCUAUAAGACUCUUUCACAGUGAGCUAGAUCAGUGUUGCAAAUCAUAUCAGGCUGACCAAAAGUCCAGACUCUCCCCACUGUCCAAUGCGAGCCCUGUUGUCAAGGUCAUAAUUUAGAAUAUCCUUGAAAUUCAAUGCAUAGGGAUUUAAUUUGAAAGAACUACAAUUUCAGAAAAAGUUUUAAGAGAUCAUACCCUUUGACCUAGUAAUUGCACAUUUGGAACCCUUUUCUAAGAAAAUAGAGGUGAAGAUAAACAUUAAUCUACAAGGACAGUUAAUGUAUCCUUGUAAGUAUAAAACAAACAUGAAUAUAAAAAUAUAUGUAUAGGUGAUGAUUAAUUAAAGCAUGCUUCAUAUAUGAUGGAAAUAAAAUAUAUGCAAACAUUAAAACACAUGGUUUCAAAUGAUUUUUAAUUGCAUGACAAAUGCUUAAAUAUAAAAAGUAUGAUACUCAUUUUUCAAAAAGUAUGACACAUUUAAAAUUAUAAAAAAUAUAUAAAGAUAAAAAACAGAAAUAAAGGGAAAAGAGAAGAGAUAUACUAAAGCAUUUAUAGUGGUGGGAAUAUGGAUUUAUUUUCUUUUUUAUGUUUUCCCACAUUAUUCUAUAAUUUUCAUCUUUAUCUUGUAUAUUUCUCACAAUGAGCAUAUAUUAUUUUCACAAUUAAAAAAAAAAAGACCUAAAUAUACUUUACAGCUAAAAAACCACAUACAGGAGUUUCCAAUGUGGCUCAGUGGUUAAUGAACCCAACUAGCAUCCAUGAGGAUGAGGGUUUGAUCCCUGGCCUCGCUCAGUGGGUUAAGGAUCUGGUGUGGCCAUGAGCUGUGGUGUAGGUGGCAGAUGUGGCUCAGAUUCUGCAUCUCUGUGGCUGUGGCAUAGGCCGGCAACUGUAGCUCUGAUUAGACUCCUGGCCUGGGAACCUCCAUAUGCUGAGGGUACAGCCCUAAAAAGACCAAAAAAAAAAAACAAACAAAAAAACCCCCACAUACAUAAACUGUUAAAGUCCAUAUCCCCAAGCCUAGAUAUUCAAUUAUGUAGGUACCCUUUCUUUCAAAAGUACCAGUACAGUAUUAUUGAAAUUACUCAAAAUACAUUUUGCACUUUCUUUGUAGCUUGUGGCAAAUUCCUUAAAUGUCGUCAAUAGCGACUAGCAUUGAUUGUCUGAAAUUGUUUGUUUUGUUGCUGUUAUUGUCAGUUCUGGAAAAAGCCAAGUUGUAGGCAUCUCCUGGCAGGGCUAUCUGACAGAAGGAACCACCAUCCAUGUAAAAAGAGAAUGAACCUAAGCUAUAGGCUUGUUACCUUUGAGAAAGUUAACAUGCCACAGAUAACACAAAUGAAACACCACAAUCUCUGUGUUAAGAAUGCAGUCAUGUGGGGUCUGGCCCUAAGAUGAAUAGGGUAUUUUUGGAGUGUAAAUGUCUCACCCAGAUGAGAUAAAUGAAGACUUCCAGAGCAUGACAGAGAAUAAGUGGCUAAACAAUAACUCAGCUGCUCCGGAAGUGUUAGCUUCUUAAAAAGCAAUCUCACUUACUCUUGUUGGUUUUAUUUUUUAUUUUUUUUUAGGGCUGCCCCAUGGCAUAUGGAAGUUCCCAGGCUAGGGGUCGAAUUGGAGCUACAGCUGCCAGCCUAUGACACAGCAAGAGCAACGCCAGAUCUGAGCCCUGCCUGUGACCUACACCUUAGCUCCUGGCAAUGCCAGAUCCUUAACCCACUGAGUGAGGCCAGGGAUUGAACACACAUCCUCAUGGACACAAGUCAGAUUCGUUACCAUUGAGUCACAGUGGGAACUCCCUGUUGUUGGUUUUAACAUAUUUGAUGGAAAUAAAGACCAUACAAAAGGACAUAAUAAGCAUUCAAAUGAUUUCUCAGUAAAUGAGUGCACGAGUUUUUUGUACAGAAAAGUAUACACAUAUGCUUAUUUGCAAACACAGUGUCUUACUUAUCCAGAACACUUUCUGAACUAUUCAUAACACAGCAAAUACAAGAUCUUUGUGUUUAAAUGCUCUGAGAAGCUAAACUAGAUAUCAUAAGUCCAUAUCUUGAAGCUUUUUUAUCCAAAAAGGAAACUAACCAAAACAAAGUAACUCCAAAUUUAGCCUACACUCAUACUAUGGCAAAAAUAUACAUCUACUUUAAACCCUUUAGAUCAUAUUUACUUUUGCUUUGCAUGUAUUGUUAAACAACCUCGGUUAUGUGAUUUCUCAGGCCAGUGCCCAUUAGAAUCAACAAAUUAGGCAGAGCAUGGUGACAGCCUGAUAGAUUCAAGGCACAUUUGCAGAAGCAAAAAUGACAGGUGAAGGCUCCUUGAUGGAGAAGAAGGAAAAAUAUGCAGAAAGACUUAAAUAAGCUUAGUCUUAGGUCAUUUGAUGUAGAAGACACUAUUCUUCUUGUAUCCUGAUAAGCCUUCUCUAUUGCAGGUAAAAAUGAAAUAGCUUAUGUUUAUUGUAAUGAGUCAUUCCUGAGUCAUGAUUCAAAAGAGAUGUUAUAUUCAAACAUAUUGUUACUUUCAUUCAUUUCAUCAUUCAAGUGACAUUUACUGAGAUUGAUUUAUUUACUCAGUCAUGUGCAAGAAAAUGAGAAUAUAAAGAUUAAAAAAACAUGGCAGAGAACUUUGAAAAGCUCCCCAUUGGUAGGUGGAAACAGGCAUAGAGAAAACCAUAUUUGUAAAAACACGAGAGGAACAAAAUGUGCUAUACUAGAAAUAUUGACAAAGUGCUACAGAGACAACCAGUUAGAGUUUGAGGAUGCAUAUAGCAUGUAACAGAAAAUAAUUCCAAAUCAAACAAAUUUCAAUUAUUUAGAAAAGCCGUUAUGUGAUAUGCUGCCUUCCCAGGAAUGCCAGAUAAAUCAGGCAUCUCAUCACUGUGUGUUGCAGCGGUGACAAAUGGCAAAUAAGGCUGGAAUAAACCACAACUGCUUCCCGCAGCUUUAGAGGAAGCUGUCUGUGCAGGCAGUGGCUUGCAGGAAGGACCUGCCGUUCUUAGAAGCAGCUUAUAAUUUAUACACAUGAUUACACAUAUGUAGACAGAGCUGGAGGCAUAAUGGACAUUUAGGAUACAAACUAGCGAGGGGGCUGAUCCUGUCCUCUGGCUUGCUCUCAGCAUCCUUAACACAGCUACACAUGCUAUUAUGUCAUAGAUAUUAAGUCUUUCAUUAUAAAGACUUCACCAUAAAUUCUAUUCCAUUUCACUCUACUUCUCAGAAACUCAUCAGAUUUUUCUUUUUCCCACAAUCCAUUUUAAAACUUAAAUCAUAGGCUGCCUUAUCUUGUCAUUUGGCCAUUUGAUUUCACAUGUGCAUGGUCUGUCUUCUCCAUUAGAGAUUGUGACUUCUUAGAAAGAAGGCACUCUUCCUUCUAGGGCUCUGUGUCUCCCAGAUCACCUUGUACAUAGGUCAGGUACAAAGCAGCUACUCAACCAGUAACUUUAUUGAAUUUAAUACAAAGAUUAAAUCUUGCCAGUGCAGUAAGUGAAACUGCCAAAGGAGUUUUCCAAUGGGUAAGAUAACAUUCUGUGGCUUAAAAUUCCCUAGUAGGUGCCUUGUCCUCAUAGCAGCAGGCUAUAAACUCAUCCUGUCUGCAUUUAAAUUCAAUAUAACAUUUCUUUCUUUAUUAUGUACUACUAUUAAUUAUCACUGUGAAGAUUAGUAAGUGGCUCUUUCUGCCUAGCAGAUGCAGAUGACAGGAGCUUCUCAUCUCUUAUCACUGUGAAAUUGGACAGCCUACAUGGUUAAUGGAAGUCUGAGAAUAUAUCUGAUUGCUGGUGGUCUUAGCAUAAGUGCCAAGGAAAGAUUUAUGUUCCCAGUGGAACAAUCUCCUUCUGUGUCACACGAUCAUUCAUAAUCUGACUGCAGAUCUAGACUGUGACUAAUAUUUGGCUUUAAUAUGAUAGGUGGUUACCGUGGAAGGAAUCAGUAAGAGCAUAAUUGUCACUUCCUUGGAAAAAUUUAAUUCACAGAUGGAUCCCAACACCCAACUGCACUGGUGUCCAAAACUAAUGGGGAUUUUUGCUAAAUAAGGACCGAUCCAGCCAAAAAAGAUAUACUCUGACUAGAGAAAUCUGUAUCACGUAUUGCUAUAAAAAGUAUAUUUACCCAAACGCUGACUGUUUUGGAACACUAGAAUUUUCUUAAUAGGGAUAUAGUGAAAAGUCACUCACUAAUUAAAAGGCACAUUUAUAUUUUUUUCCCUAAUAAGGUAAAGCAAUCAAGUUAAUCACUGCUCUCAUGCACUUAACAAAGUUUCAGUUGCUGACAAAAUUUAAUCCUUCAUGCUUCCUUAUUAAGAUAAGGUAAAAUUUUUAUUCAUUAAAAUAAUCAACUUUUCUUUAAUUUUCUACUUCAGUAAAUAAGCCUUGCUGCAUAUCAUUCCAUGGGAGGGGAAAGUGAUGAUGAGAAAGACCAGGAUACAUUAUUUAUUUGCCCCCUCCCAUAAAUAAGCUUAUACAAACAACCACAAUCUUAUUAACAUUGCAUUCAUUUCUUUAAAGGUUUUUCCUAUUACGUGAAACUCUUGGCCUGCGGUGCCUUCCAUUUAUUUGGAGUAGCAUAUUAACGCAAAACAAGUUCAACCCUAAUUCCGGAGAAAUGGCGUUGCCUUCUGGGUGACUAGUUUUCCAAAAGAGCUCAUUACCUGGAAAUAAAAGUGUUGUCUCUGUGCAUUCAGGGGGUUUGGAAAAUUCUUAGCCAUCUCCAGAUGCACAGAAUGAAUCAUAAUUAAGAGAACAUAUAUAAAUAAUUACUUUCCUCUUUUCACUGAGGUUUAAUACUCCUUAAAGGAUUAAUUAGACCGCUCCUGUUUCUUAGAAGAAGUCCAUGAGGAAACACAUUUCAGAAGAAGCUUAUUGCAGCCCCAUGAACUAUUCCUCAGCCUCUUGCCCUUCAGAUGAAUCAGCUUCUCCGUCUCCAGGCUCUUUGAGAUUUAGGCUACAGCCUGGCUUCCUAUGUAUCCAUCUAUUUUGCAGCGUUAAUCCAAACUGUCUACCAAUAACACUUGGUUUAAUAUGCUAAAUUAGACCUCCCUGGUGUGAAGCCUGAUUCGCACGGAGAGGGCUUGAAAAGGCAAGAUGGUGGGUAACAGGGCUUGCACACUGUAUCAAGCAAGUAUUUGGCUAUCAGAGUCACGCCGCGUGCACAGCCUGUUCCUUACCCUUUUAAUUUCAGUAUCUUUGCUCUGUGCUGGGGCAAGCGGCAUAACGCAGGAUUAAGAGCCAUCUGCAAAACCGUAGCGCAUUUCACCAGCACCUCCUAGGGGCCAUGUGCGGGUAUGAGGCUAGGAGGUGGGUACCGGUGCAGACCCUUUCCUUGUUCAGUUUCACCUCGCCCAUACACAGCAAUCCCCCGGGCUCUGCCGCUCAGAACGCCAGCGAGUUUGUUGAAGGAGUUUGGCGUCUCUAGGAGGCCUUUUAGAGGCUUAAAUAAACUGCACGGAAGACACGUUCGAUCGCUUGAAGUAAUAAACAUGCAACACACACAGGGAUUUCAAACUGAGUGUUAAGGAAGAGACACCUAAAUAUACUGUGUCCUUUGAGAGCAAAGCUUCACUAUGACACCAAAGUACUCAGAUUUAUGCACCACCCCAAUUUACACACGCAUACACACACACGCGCGCGCGCGGUUUAAUCUGUAAAGUUCGAGGAUCCGGACCGGUUAACACUGACGUUGACAUAGCUUUUGAAAGGGUCUACAUGCUCUUGCCUGGUUGCUGGGAAUGAGGGCUGGGAGGCGCUGGUGCGAGGGCAGAGCUGAGUGCCUGUAGGAGUUGCCGUUCCAGAGAAUUCAUUACUCUUUAAUUGCUCUGAUUUUAGAUCAGCAGAGCGUGCCGGGCGCUGGUGGAAAAAGAAACUGAGGGCGGACACUGCGAGAGGGAACGAGUCGUUCACCCUCCAGAGCAGUCUAGGCGCUUAUGCUCAAGAAUUGGUGAUUUUCAGUGUGAGAAGAGCAGACAAGGAAGUCUUCUGCUUGCUUGCAGCCACUCAGGCAUGUGGGCAGGUUAAUAGGAAAGACAUUCUUCAUAGUGAACGAGACGUGUUCUCUGGAUGUCAGCUGAGUUGCUAAGGUGACUCCGCAUGUCAGGAGACAGACCCUGGUAGACAGAACCUCAAGGCUCCUGGAGACCCCCAUCUCUCCUUAUUUUUUUUUGUGUGUGUGUGUCCUCACCGAACAUUCAAAACUGUUUCUCCAAAGGGUUUUGCAAAAACUCAGACUGUUUUCCAAAGCAGAAGCGCCGGCGUCCACAGCCGAAGCGAUGGGCAGUGUGCGCACCAACCGCUACAGCAUUGUCUCUUCAGAAGAAGACGGCAUGAAGUUGGCCACCCUGGCGGUUGCCAACGGCUUUGGGAACGGGAAGAGUAAGGUCCACACCCGGCAGCAGUGCCGGAGCCGCUUCGUGAAGAAGGACGGCCACUGUAACGUGCAGUUCAUCAACGUGGGCGAGAAGGGGCAGCGGUACCUGGCAGACAUCUUCACCACGUGCGUGGACAUUCGCUGGCGGUGGAUGCUGGUUAUCUUCUGCCUGGCCUUCGUCCUCUCGUGGCUAUUUUUCGGCUGUGUGUUUUGGUUGAUAGCUCUGCUCCAUGGGGAUCUGGAUGCAUCCAAGGAGAGCAAAGCUUGUGUGUCCGAGGUCAACAGCUUCACGGCCGCCUUCCUUUUCUCCAUUGAGACCCAGACGACCAUCGGCUACGGCUUCAGGUGUGUCACGGACGAAUGCCCGAUCGCUGUUUUCAUGGUGGUCUUCCAGUCCAUCGUGGGCUGCAUCAUCGACGCCUUCAUCAUCGGAGCAGUCAUGGCCAAGAUGGCCAAGCCCAAGAAGAGAAACGAGACCCUGGUCUUCAGUCACAACGCGGUGAUCGCCAUGAGAGAUGGCAAGCUCUGCUUGAUGUGGCGGGUGGGCAACCUUCGGAAAAGCCACCUGGUGGAGGCUCACGUGCGCGCGCAGCUCCUCAAAUCCAGAAUUACUUCUGAAGGGGAGUACAUCCCCCUGGAUCAAAUAGAUAUCAACGUUGGGUUUGACAGUGGCAUUGACCGUAUAUUUCUGGUGUCCCCAAUCACGAUCGUCCACGAAAUAGAUGAAGACAGUCCUUUAUAUGAUCUGAGUAAGCAGGACAUUGACAAUGCAGACUUUGAAAUUGUUGUGAUCCUAGAAGGCAUGGUCGAAGCCACCGCCAUGACCACACAGUGCCGGAGCUCGUAUCUGGCCAACGAAAUCCUCUGGGGCCACCGCUAUGAGCCUGUUCUCUUUGAAGAGAAGCAUUACUACAAGGUGGACUAUUCGAGGUUCCACAAGACUUACGAGGUACCCAACACUCCCCUUUGCAGUGCCAGGGACUUAGCAGAAAAGAAAUACAUCCUGUCCAACGCUAACUCAUUUUGCUAUGAAAAUGAAGUGGCCCUCACAAGCAAAGAGGAAGACGACAGUGAAAACGGAGUCCCAGAAAGCACGAGUACGGACACCCCCCCGGACAUAGACCUUCACAACCAGGCAAGCGUACCUCUAGAACCCAGGCCCUUGCGGCGAGAGUCAGAGAUAUGACUGGACCCGCCUCUGGAAUAGUUACUCUAAAACACAGUCUGUUGGUCAAAGGCCCAAAACAGUGAUUCAGACGACGGUACUGGUGAAGAGGUGGGUCGAGACAAGUGGCCGCGAGGGACUGAGGUUAGCACAGAGGGCUUCAAAGAAGGACUGUAAGCUCGAAGAUUAACAUAAAGCACUAAACAUGCCUCCCCGUGACCCGAUGAUGGCACAUACAUGUUGUAGAAUAAGUUAGGGUGGGGUGUUUAUGUUGUGUUUUGUGUUUUUACAAAACUUGAACUUGCAGGCAAGCCUUGGUUGGUUGGGUGUUUGACUUAUCCAGAAUGCUUCUCUUUAGGGAACAAGAAUGUUUUUAAUGGCAUAACAUUUUUAAAUGUUUUAAAGGCAAGACUCUGCCUUAACUUUUGAAAAGCUGCUAACUACAUGAACACAAAUUGUAUUGUUGCAGUGUAGUUUUUUCUUUUGUGUAAUUUAAAAGUCAGUGUUGAACUUGGUUGAAAGCUCAUGAUAUGUGCUUCAAAGUGGCAAGUAUUUGGCUAUUAGCUGCCAAAACGAGAGCCUGAUUUUUUUGAGGCCAGUAAUUUGUUUGCUAGAAUUGAUUUCUCUGUCUCUCUCUCUGUCUCUCUCUCUCUCUCUGUCUCUCUGUCUCUCUGGUUACAUAAGGGCAUUAUGUAACACUAGCCAAAUGGUAGCCUCCGGGUUGUUGUUGGUUUUUGUUUUUGUUUUUCCUCCAUGAUGUUAAUGGGUUAUCUCAAAUUUUAAGUUAGACUACCUAGAAUAAAAUACCAAAGAUAAUGCACAUUUUUGCACAGUGGAGCUUACACUAAAAAGGAAAGCAAGCCCCACAGCUGCCUUGACAUCAAGAGACACUAACUUGGAACCUCAGCAAGACCUUGAACUGCCCUCUCCUUUCGCACCUUAUUCAGAAAACAGAACAUCACACACACAGUCUCGUGAGUGUAGUGCUUUUACAUUUUUGUUCUUUCAUGUAACUUUCACAUGAUAGGAGGAAGAAGACAGGGGAAGUAAAAUUCACAUACACACACACACACCCCCGUGAUAGAAACAUCUCUUCUUUCCUUGGAGGUGGUGCUGGCCAGGCGAACACCUAAGUUGAGAGAUGAUGAUGUGCUCUUAGACUUUUUCUUCUGGUUUUUUUCCAUUUUUGCACAUUCCAAAAUUUAUUCCAUAAGACCUAGGUUGACGCUAGCUGGCAUCCUUCACGCUGAGCCAUCCAACAUGAAAGAUCAAUAGGUUUAAACCCUUGCGGCUGAAUUCCUCGCCCGGAUUGUCAGUACAUUUCCAGCUUGACUUCAUCUUCCAAAAGAUGCCACGCCUGGCCUCUAGGCCGGUCCUGGGUCUGGAGUGAGUCCUACAGCGCCUGAGCGGGCAGUGAAUGCCAAAGUGAGAUGUGGACAAACCAUUUUCUGUACCUCAUCAGCUCAAAUAUUCAGGAUGGAGGGGAAUGUUGCCUUUUUUUUUUUUUUUUUUUGAACAGUAGAGUAGGAAUGAAAAUGUCUCAGUAUUUUAGGGUCAGUAAGAGCCGUAGAAAUUCUGACAGUCACAAGUAAAGGAGACAGUGGUCAAAAGGGUUCUUUCCCCUUCAUGGGUGUACACUCAGGCCUGAAUCGGAGCUGAUCCCUUUUGCCUGUGGCGCCUGAGACCAGGUUUCUUGGGACGCAUGGUUUUCCAGAAGCCUCUCCUGCCUGGCUGCUUGACCUGCCAGAAACAUUUGUUUUGUUUUGUUUUGUUUUGUUUUCUGCUCUAGCUCACCAUAACGGAACUCUCUUUAGAUCGACAGUUCCUUAUUUGUGAAUUCUGGGGCUGCUGACUUUUCUUUUUAAUUGGAGUCUCCGAAUCAGCUCUCUCGUGGUAUUAUGUCCCUGUAUGCCAUUAAAAAACAGCUUGUUCUAAAAUCCUGUAUUUUGUAAACUGAUGCCUGUGAUGGUCUCUGGUUCUUGAACAGCCAUAUCUGAAUGCGGUGCCUGCAAUACCAUGACAGUCUCUGCCGUUCUCAGCCUUCAAAGCCGACGGGUUUGAAAACUGUGGCAUUCUUUUCAUUAAAACCAAGUCAGAGCUAUCAAGUGAGUGGAUGCUGCUUUAAGUCCAAAUUUAAAGGCAGAUUUGGGAAGUUGUUCAGAGAAUUGGAGGAACCGGGAUGGAGUGGGCGAGAGAAUUUAGUCUUCUGUCCAUGGCCCACCGUUUGGCCUUGGACGGUGAGAGGAGAUGGAGGACUUUCAGCUGCUGCUAUUUCGAUACUUUUGCAAAGGAAAAUAAUCAAACCAAAGAGUAUUCAGUGAUAGGUAAAUUAAAUGAAGAUACAGUGGAGAAGGGGGGUGACCGCAGAGAAGGCACCUUCCCAUCACAGAGUGCUGCCACUUAAAAAGACUUGAGCUAUUUGAAAGGGGGUGGGGGUGGGGGCAAGAACGGGGGAGGGAGAUCUUUCAACUUCUUUCUGACAAAGAGAAAAAAAAAUUCUAAAAUUUCUGGUGCACAGGUUUGUUUGUUUUCGUUUUUUUUUUUCCGAGAAAAUUUUGCAGAAGCUAUGUUUUUAAAGUGUACAUUUUAUAAAGUUUAUCAGAUAUUUUCAUAUUUAAAGCCAAAUGUAAAUAGAAGUCUGUAAAGGGAAAAAAAAUUGCCAUAGAAAGUAUAAUUUCAGUGCAGCCAUUUCUGGGAGCUAGUACCUAUAUGCUACCGGUUAGCAUGGUUUUAGCAAAUAUUUACCAGCCUUAUAAGGUUCGUAUUGCUAUGUUCUUCUGUUAUUUAUUUCAGCAUGGACUGUUCAUUUGAAAGCUUUUUCUGGUUAUUAGUGUUUUAACAGUUACAAGCUUUAAAUGGCAAUUUUUCUUGUUGUUAAGAGCCAAGACACAGAUAAUGCACAAGGUUGGUUUUUUUUUUUUUUUUUUUUGCUGCAUUUUACCUUCAAAACAUUUGUCCUUAUUGACUGGGUCUCCUUAAUUAGUAGAUAUUUGUCAUCAUAGUGCAGACUGAAGAGACUCACCGUGAAUACCUGGGGCCUAUCCCCAGGUCUGUGUCUCUUCUCUGUUGCAAGCAACCCCCCAUUGAAUUUUAUUUAGGAAUGAUUCCCUUUUAAAGAAUUUUUGCCCAUGACUAUAUGGGCAUUCUAUUUUGGGGAAGAGGCAUAGAUUCCUGUUUAUCCUAUUUUUAAAUAAAAGGUAGCAAAGUGAAUUCUAUUUUGAUUAUUGAGAAAGGAAUAGUUUUCUAUCCCUCUAAGAGUAUACUUGAAUCAGACAUUUUAAGGAUGUCACUGUAGCACUGUAGUCAUUUCCAAAUUCCUGGAGAAAGUUUGCUUUACCUUUUUUUUUUUUUCCUCCUAUUAAUGUAUUAUUUCUUCCCUUCCCUUCCUUUCUUCCCUAUAAACGCCCAUCUCAAACCUCAAUGUUAUUCAGUGGGUUCUAUUCCCCAAAUCAUGUUACCCUGGCAAAAAACAAAUGUCGGUUCGUAGUUUAGGAUCAGCCACUCAAUAAAGGUAAAAAAGUUUGUUCUAAGAAGUAGAGUGAGUCGUUUUUCACUCUGUGUCUAGCGAUGUUCAGUUUUGUUUUUGUUUUUUUU